AUGGAGUUUGAGGGAGAAAUGCUAGAGCCAGUGAGUCCACUUGGACAGUACUGCAAUAGCUCUGUGCUAUCAAUAUCAGUACUUGCUGUUUUGGAGAUUGGAACUCCUAUUGAUGAUUCACAAACCAUUUCACUUAUAAGGGAUCUUUUACUUCCUAUCCAUCCACGAUUCUCCUGCAUCAUGGUUGGUGGAGUAAAUGAAUACAAAAAAUGGAAAAAAGUUGAAGUAAAGAUUGAAGAUCAUGUUCAUGUCCCAAUAUUUCCUUCUGGUCUUUCUAUUGAAUCAUAUGAUAGAUAUUUUGAUGACUAUGUAUCAAAGAUAGCACUUGAAAGGUUUCCACAGGACAGACCUCUAUGGGAAAUUCAUAUAAUCAAGUACCCAACAAGCAAUGCAGCUGGAAACGUUAUAUUCAAGCUUCACCAUGCGCUUGGUGAUGGCUAUUCUCUAAUGGGUGCUCUUCUUUGUUGUCUGCAAAGAGCUGACAAUCCUUCUAUUCCAUUGACAUUUCCUUCGCGUAAACGAACAGAAUUUGAUGGCGAUUGUAAUCGAAGUUUAUUUUCUUUUGUGCCCAAAAUCUGCUCAGCCAUUUUUAACACUGCAAUGGAUCUCAGUUGGAGCAUCAUCAAAAGCAAUUUGAUUGAUGAUGAGAUAACACCAAUUAGAACUGGAACUUAUGGAGUUGAGUUUUUGCCAAUUACAAUAACUAGCUUGACUUUGUCUCUUGAUCAGAUCAAAUCAAUCAAGUCCAAGCUUGGAGCGACAAUAAAUGAUGUGGUUUGUGGAAUUGUAUUCUAUGGAACUCGGCUAUACAUGCAAGAGAUUAACCAGAAAUCAAGCAAUUCUCGUUCAGCAGCAUUGAUGGUGCUAAACACAAGGAUGAUUGGAGGAGAUUACAAAUCCAUCAAGGAAAUGUUGAAUCCUGACAACAAAAUGCCAUGGGGAAACAAAUUCUCUUUCAUGCAUAUUGCAAUUCCCAAAUUAAAAGAAUGUCCAAGUCCACUAGACUUUGUUUGGCAUGCACAAAAAAUUGUCAAGAGAAAAAGGAGAUCUCUGGUUGUUUACUUGAAUAGUUUGCUUGUGGAGGUUGUGAAGAAACUUAGAGGUCCUGAGGCGGCUGCAACAUACGUGUUCAAAAAAUUAAACAGGUCAAGUAUGUCAAUCUCAAAUCUGAUUGGUCCAGUGGAACAAAUGACUCUGAAUAAUCAUCCUGUUAAAGGUUUAUACUUUGCAGCUCCUGGCAUACCUGAGGAUUAUGGUGUUACGAUUAUGAGCUAUUCAGGCCAGCUGAGGAUUGUGUUUAAAAUGGUAAGAAAGCAUGUAGAUCCACAUAAACUCAAAUCAUGUGUCCAAAAUGCCUUUGAAAGCAUUCGUGAAGCUGCAGAUAAAUUUCCUCCAAGGAAAAAUUAA